GACCAAGAUUCCGCCUGCCUCAACUGAAGCCAAGGAUUUAAAUAGCUUUGCCUUUGGUUCACAGCCAGCGAAUAAGCCGCAACAGCAGCUUCUGUCCAACAAGGCACUCGAGGCUCAGCGGCUCAAUGAGAACGUCGUGACUUCCAUGAAACAGUUGGUGCUGCCAAUAGCCCAUAAAACAGUGGAGAGACUGACCAGAAUUCCGCCUGUCACAACUGAAGCCAAGGAUUUAAAUAGCCUUGCCUUGGGUCCACAGCCAGCGAGCAGGCAGCAAUUGCCGUUAACCAAGUUUGAAGCGCAGCUUCCCAAGGAUAAUACAUUGCAGCCAUUUGUGAAAGUAGAGCUGCUGCCCAGGAUUACGCCAGCCACAACCGGAUUCAAGGAUAUUAAAAACUUUUCAGUUGGAAUUUUGCCCUCUAGCAAGCAGCAGCUGCCCUUAGCUAAUGCUAAACAAGGCUUAGUCAAGGCUCCAGGCCUCAGUGGCAUUGGGUUAAGCAGCUUAGCACUGCCUGGCAUCGGGAAACAACAGUUGAAGGAUAAUAUUUUGACACCCACACCGCUACUUCCUAAUCGCGUUUCAGUUGCAGCAGCGCCCAGUCCAGUCCAACUCCCAAUAUUGGCGUCAACUUCUGAUUCUUUGUUAAACACACAGAAAAUAACAACACCAGCACAAAAAACACACACCGUUGCACACACACAGCCACUGAGUGUUAAGCCAGCUCAGCAACCAAUCAGUAUAGUUGGCAAUGCGGCAGCACGACCAGCCGUGACAGCAACCCAGCAGCAACAACAACCAACGAGCAAAGGGACACUAACAGGUGGACAGCCAAAGCAGCGACCAGUACCAGUUAGCAGCAGCUCCGCCAAUUUAAAGCCUAACUUAGGUGCAACUCUGUCGCAACCGGCUACAGGCAACUCAGCCAACUUCAAGCCAGCCUUAGGUGGAACUCAGACUCAGCAGAGACCGCAACCGUCAGGAGGCAGUUCAGCAAGUUUCACACCAACAAGUGCAGCUCAACCAGCCGUGACAGGAACCAAUCAAAUACAACCACCUAGCAGCGGCGCGGCAACUUAUACGCCAACGAACACCGCACCGCAGUCAACAACCAACAAAGCAUCAAAGUCAACAACCAGUACAGGAGCGACUGGCAGUGCAGAUCUAACCGGCGACUUGUACAAAUUCAAAUACCUACUAGACUACAAUGGACACGAGGAGACUGGUAGCCGGAAUGGCGAUAAGGUGGGCAACUACUUUGCCAUCGGCGACGAUGCUGUGGAGCGCAUAGUCGAGUAUAUUGCGAACGAGUUCGGUUUCCAGCCGCACAUAAGCUGGCGCAAACUGGAGGGAAAAGAGGCAGCACUGCCUGCCGACAACUCCCUGAAGCACUACGAGUUCAAGUGGUUCAACAAGGACACCGAGUGAAACAAUAACUAUGCCAAUUAGUAACAGUUUACAUGUAAAUAAAGUAAAA